CAGAUAAGAAUGGACACACAACAGCAAAAGCAUUUCCGUGACUCGUGGAGGCGACUCCAUAUUACUUGGAGAAAGGGAAGAAGAAGAAGAAGACAGACGACGACGACGACGAUGGCGGCUUCACGGCGCUCCUCUUUCCUCAUCGAGAUCCUGCUCUGCGUCUCUCUCCUUUGCCUUCUGUGCUCAACCGAGAAGGGCUGCAUUGUCCAUGGAGCUGAGGAGAUCAGCCUCGCAGUCAGCUCUCUUUUCCCUUCUCUAGACUGCAAAGCUUCAACUUCCAACGCGAACUCGACCUUGAAGCUGGUUCACAAGCACGGUCCAUGCUCUCCCCUUUUCAACGGCGAACCGGUGAACCACACCCAAUUUAUGCUCGAAGACAUUGCGAGAGCAAAGUGGAUUCGAUCCAAAUUAUCCGGCACUAACGCCGCGGACAACCUGAAAGACUCGGCCGUCAGCAUCCCGGCCAAGUACGGUCCUGGCGGAGGGAGCUACCUGGUGACAAUAGGACUCGGCACGCCGAAGAAGGACCUGACCCUCUUGUUCGACACCGGAAGUGCACUCACGUGGACCCAGUGCGAGCCCUGCAUCGUGUCUUGCUAUACCCAAACCGAGCCAAUCUUUGACCCCUCUCAGUCCUCGUCCUAUGCCAAUAUCUCUUGCUCUUCUCCAUCUUGCUCGCAGCUUCCUUCUGGGACUGCUCAACGAUCUCGCUGCAGCGAUUCGACAUGCGUUUACGAAUCGCGGUAUGGUGACCAAGAGUCCUUCACCAUCGGCUUCUUUGCAACAGAAACAUUGACAUUAUCACCAACGGAUGCAAUCUCCGGUUUUGAAUUCGGGUGCGGUCAGAACAAUGGAGGGCGAUUCACGGGAUUUGCCGGGUUGUUGGGGCUCGCCCGAGACCGGAUUUCACUCUUAGAACAAAGCGAGACCCAAUACGGCCGAUCAUUCUCGUAUUGCCUCCCCCCUUCGAUAAGCUCCACGGGGCACUUAACCUUCGGCAAGGGCAGCGGGACAUCCACCUCGGUCCGCUUCACGCCAAUAUCAACGGUCUCGCAGAGUUCAAUCUUCUACGGUAUCGACAUAACAGAAAUCAGUGUCGGAGGCAAACCGCUCCCUAUACCGUCGACCGUGUUCUCAAAUGCUGGCACGAUCAUUGACUCGGGAACCACAAUCACACAAUUGCCCCCGACCGCAUACAGCGCCCUUCGCUCGGCCUUUCGGCAGGCGAUGUCAAAGUACAAGAUGUCAGCUCCGGCUUCUCACUUCGACACUUGCUACGACUUGAGCGGGUCCACCAUGGUCACUGUCCCGGUGAUCACAUUCUCCUUCAACGGACCGAUUGCCGUCGACUUGGACCCCAGCGGUGUGUUGUUUCCCGUGAAUCCAUCAAAGGUGUGCCUGGCGUUUGCAUCGAGCCCCGCCGACUCGGAUCUCAGCAUCUACGGGAACAUACAGCAGAGGUCAUUUGAGGUGGUGUAUGAUGUGGCUGGAGGGCGGAUUGGUUUCGGCGCAAAAGGUUGUUCCUAAGCAUUGUCCUGGAGCUUCCAUGACAAAAGGGCGCAAAGCGAUUUGCUUGUUUAGUGUACUUAAAUAAAUUGCCAGACACUUGAAUCAAGGCAAGCAAUGUGUAUCAUUGGGUACUAUAAAAACUACGUUUGAACGUUAACGAAUUGCUAUCUACAGAAGAAGGGGUGGAGAUUGAUAGAUGCAUAUCCCAGCGAGAAUGGGAAGAUUAUCAAAAAAGUCAUAAACCUAUUGUACUUUU